AAAGUGAAAGUGACAAGGAGCGUCCAAUUUUGGUGGCCGCAGCCGCAGCGGAGGAUCAAUACGAUAACGGAUAAACAGUACAUAAACGUCUAAGAAAACCUGUACGGCGGCCGCCUCUCCACACGCUCUCCCAUUCUUCUUCUUCUCAAAACCCCAUCCUAGUUCUGCAUACACACAUUUCUUCUGAAUUUGAGCGGACAAGCCAUGCCCGUGAACUCUGUAACGAAUGCUCACCCGCAGCUUCUGCACGCCAAUGGACAGCUUGCCGGGAACAGAGAUAGAGGCGGGCUGGUUUUCGUCGAUUUCCUCGGAUUGUACCGGAAAUCUAACCAGAGGAGUCGCCUGCGAGUUGGAACCUCUAUGUGGACCGACCGGAAAGUGCCCAGGAGUUUGAUAAAGAGGAACUUGAACUCGAUUCAGGCAGUUCUCCAUUUGGAGAGCGGACGAGACAAAGCGAAUGCUUCUCCCAAGAAAUCCGCCGACUUCGCACCCAAGGUUGCAACUUUGGAUGACAUAAUAUCCGAAAGAGGGGCUUGUGGAGUUGGUUUUAUUGCUAACUUAGAUAAUAAAGAAUCACACGAGACUGUUAAAGAUGCUCUUGUAGCUCUCGGCUGUAUGGAACAUCGUGGGGGUUGUGGAGGAGAUAACAUUUCUGGCGAUGGUUCUGGUCUGAUGACUUCGAUUCCUUGGGACCUUUUUAAUAAGUGGGCUGAAACACAUGGAAUAGCUGCCUUUGACAAGUUGCAUACCGGUGUUGGAAUGGUUUUUCUUCCGAAUGAUAAUGACAUGUUGAAUGAAUCAAAAGCAGUUAUUACACACAUUUUUGAGGAAGAGGGCCUUGAAGUGCUUGGAUGGAGGCCUGUUCCAGUGGAAUCUUCUAUAGUUGGAUAUUAUGCAAGAGAAACCAUGCCCAACAUACAGCAAGUUUUUGUUAGAAUUGUGAAAGAAGAAAAUGCUGAUGACAUAGAAAGGGAACUGUAUAUAUGUCGUAAAUUAAUCGAAAGAGCAGCAGCAAACUCAGAAACCUGGGGGAAUGAACUCUAUUUCUGCUCAUUGUCCAACCAAACUAUUGUUUACAAAGGAAUGCUUCGUUCGGAGGCUCUUGGUAAAUUUUACUGUGACCUGCAAAGUGAGCUUUAUAAAUCUCCUUUUGCAAUUUAUCAUAGGAGAUACAGUACAAACACUAGCCCCAGGUGGCCACUUGCUCAACCGAUGAGGUUUCUGGGUCAUAAUGGAGAGAUCAACACAAUACAGGGGAAUUUGAACUGGAUGCGGUCUAGAGAGUCCUCUUUGAUGUCCCCUGUUUGGCGUGGGCGCGAAAAUGAUCUUCGGCCUAUUGGAAACUCAAAAGCCUCCGACUCUGCUAAUCUUGACAGUGCAGCAGAAUUGCUAAUUAGGAGCGGGCGCACUCCUGAUGAAGCAUUGAUGAUUCUUGUUCCUGAGGCAUACCAAAACCAUCCGACUUUGACUAUCAAAUAUCCUGAGGUUGUUAGUUUUUAUGAUUACUAUAAGGGCCAAAUGGAAGCUUGGGAUGGGCCUGCCUUACUCUUAUUUAGACCCAGGCUUCCGACAACACAAUCAUUGCCGACACCAUAAACCCCAGCCUUGUUCUAUCCACGAGAUUAUGAAGGGAGCCCUCGGCUGUUCACAUCCAAAAAAUCAAGGCUGUCCAAUGUAGAUAGCCUGUCUCUGAAAGCCAGUCACAUAGCCUUGGUUUAAAAAAGCGCGCCUCGGGCAAUUAAAAUUUUGCCUCCAGAUGUAUGGACGCACCAUUUUCCAUAAGGGGUAGGUUUCAUUGCGCAUCUGUCCUCUUUUGAUCAGUUGCGAGACCCUCAUGUUUCUCUAAAUUGUCUAUUUUUCUUAUAAAAAAUUGCUUUCGGUUGUUACUUACACCCUUGAGCUGCUCUUAAAAACUCGUGUUUUUCUUCUUCAUCGAGUCAUCUCCUCUGUGCGCCUCCUCCCAGGUAUUCUCUUAUAACUUCUUCACUUCUUCUCCAACAUCCUCCUCCUCUCUGUUCUCUUCUUGUACAUCCUCCCAGGUUUUUUGUUCUGUUGUGAAGUAAUUACAGAGUACUAAUUUUGCAGAAAUAUUUUGAUAAGAAUUUGGAGCAAAACGGAGUCUAACUCUAGAGUCAGAAUCUUGUAGUCUUUUUUAUAUUAAAAAUUUAAGCUUGAGUUUUGAACCUUUAGUUUAUUAUGUAUGAAUUAUGAAAAUUUGGUGGUUUAUUGAACUCUGAAGUUUUUGUUUCCUUUAAUAUUAUUGUGUUGAAGUUAUUGCACGAUAUGUUGUAGAAGGCAAUCAAGUCAUGUAAUACUCCAGGAGUCCAUUUAUGAAUGAGUUUUAUUGUCUACAUGUGCCUCACAUGUGUGAGGCGAGCGACUCUGCCGUGUACCUCCUAUAUUUCUAGGAAAUGUGCCUCGGUGAGCCUCUUUCCUUUUAAAACCAAGCACACAGUAAAUGAAAGCUUAGGUGCAAU